GAACAAUCCUGAGUUACUCGUACCAUCAAGAUCAAGACAAGAUAAGAAACGCCCGUCACGAAGAAAAGGAAGAAGAAAGGACAAAGAUCCAAGAAGCAGACAAGCGGAGGCGGUUUUGAUAACCUUGACGUUAAAAGAGAAAAUAAGAAAGGAAUGAUGAGAAGUGACUACUUUACUACACUAUACAACACACACACACACACACACACACACACACACACACACACACACACACACACACACACACACACACACACAUACACACACACACACACACACACACACACAGUGCCACGAUAAGGAAAACACACAAUAAUGAUUCAAAAUAGCGACCAAUGACGUGGACAGCUCGGCCUUAUCGAGGCAUUAAAAGAGCGCGGCGCGAAACUCUGUCCAUCACUUCCCCAGUGACGCCCGAGGCAAGGAGAAGCGUUCAGUAACGCAGUGCACUCGUAUCACUGGCCACAAGAGACAGCCCAGUGAACAAUCCGUAGAACAUGAAACUCCACGGGGAUCUGGAGGUGGAGGUGGUGAGCGGCGAGAGAUUGAUGGAUAAAGACUUAUUCCUUCAGUGCAUACUGAAGAAAGACCGGUCAGACGUGUGGGCGUCCGUCAGCCUCGGCUCGAUUCCCAUCCUCACCACGGGCAUCAGGAAGGACGCCAACGACGCAGUGUGGGGAGAGCGCGUCACUAUUCCCGUCUGUGAUGCUGCAGACUACCUCGACAUCACUGUUUGGGACAAGGAUCCCACACGCAUGCAGUUGGUGGGAACAGGCCGCAUGCAGCUCGGCAGUCCUGACAUGGAGUGGAAAAAAGAGAGUGCCGUCUACCUCGACAAAAAAGCGGGUAUCGUCAACAUGAAGGUCAGGUACACCCCGGCGGCACAUGCACGCAAGAAAGGCAUCGAAGUGCCCAGGGCAUACUUCCCGAUGCGACAGGGCGGCACCAUGACCUUUUACCAAGACGCUCACUCCACGGAGCUCCCUGGCAUCACCACCACUAAGGAGGGUGCCUUCGAAGCGAUAGCUGAUGCCAUUAGUGGUGCCAAGAAGUUCAUCUACAUCUCUGCCUGGAGUUUGUGGACUGAUACGGAGCUGAGGCGAGAUGGGCAGAAACUUGGUGACCUGCUGAAGCUGAAGGCUAGUGAGGGCGUGCGAGUGUUACUCUUGAUUUGGAAUGAGAAGUUUUCGGCGAUUCUUUGCAAAGACUUCGUCGGCACAUUUGACGAGGAAACUGAUGACUUCUUCAGCAACACAUGCGUGUGCGUGGAGAAAGUGAGGAGAGAGAUUGACUCGAACUUCAUCCAUGAGGAGAUCCAUGAGGCCAUCUGGGCACACCACCAGAAAGUGGUAGUGGCGGAUGACGGACAGGGGGACCUUGUGGCGUUCUUCGGAGGCUUAGAUCUCACCAAGGGCCGCUGGGACACUCCGAACCACGAGCUCUUCACGACACUGAAUAAGGAACACAGAGGAGACUUCCACAAUGGGUUCAUUGAAUUGAAGGAAAGCAACGGACCUCGGGAGCCUUGGCAUGACGUGCACGGGCGCCUCACGGGCCGCGCCGCCAUCGACCUGCUCAGGAACUUCGAGGAGAGGUGGAUGAGACAAGUGCCCGACAAGACGAACCUGCUCGUCCAAAACUUACAGGAAGACCUGCUAAGGGCGCAGGAGGGCAAGGAAGCCAAUCACGGCACAGUGUGGCAAAUGCAGGUGGUGCGCUCGAUUGAUAGAAAUUCAGCUGAGUUUUGCAGCGAGCGUAUAGGCGUGCUGGACCAUACGAAUGGGAUGGUGGUGGAUACAAGUUUGUACCGAGCCCUCGUGCGCCUCAUCAGGAAGGCAGAGAACUUCAUUUACAUAGAGACUCAGUACUUCGUCGGAUCGGACAUGGCGUGGAGUCAAGAACAAAACGCCGGCGCAAGAAACGUGGUGCCUCUGGAAAUUGCACAACGCGUGGUGGAGAAGAUCCAGGCAGGGGAGGCAUUCCGCGUGUACGUGGUGGUCCCCAUGAUCCCCGAGGCGGGCGUGAAGGACCCCAUCACCGUUUCAUUGAUCAAGACGCUCCUGCACUAUCAGUUUCUAACCAUACAGAUGAUGUACAAGAGGAUAGGUGAAGCCCUGCGUGAGGCGGGGUCAGACCUGCAUCCUACUGACUACUUGGUGUUUCUUUGUCUGGGCAAGAAGGAGUCCCAGGAGAGGGUGCGUGAGGCCCUGGGUGGACAGAAGCUGCGGAAGGGGAGCGAGGAGUGGGAGUGGCGGCAGAAAUCUCGUUUCCUCAUCUACGUGCACUCCAAGAUGGCAAUUGCUGACGAUACCCACAUCAUCCUCGGCUCGGCAAACUUUCACGAACGCUCACUAAAUGGAACCAGAGACACUGAGGUGGCCGUGUCCGCCCGCCAGAUUGUGCUCAACAAGAACAACAGUGAGGGCGUGGCGGUGAGUGACGGUGAGGUGGCCAUGUUCCGCAAGCGCCUCUGGGCCGAGCAUACCUGCGGCCUCUCCGAAACGGAGGAACCCCUGCAGAACCCUUCCUCACUCAGAGCCAUCAGGAGAAUUAAAGACCUCGGGGAUGAAUCCUGGAAGUGCUUCCUCCAUGGCAAACCCAACGAGGAGUCCAAGAAUCGCUUUCUGACGUACCCGCUGCAGGUGACUAAGGAAGGAAAGGUGCAGCCCAAGAGCGAGAUGCCUACCAUCCCUGAUUUUGACAUUCCUGUAGAGGGCAGCAAAUGGAUCCUACCCAUAAAGCCGGUGCUCUAAGCCGAGGUUCUUCCGGCUGGCCUUGUGGCUCGGCAGUUGCGAGGACUUUUUUCCUAAGCUUAGUUUGAGAACUCAUUGCUUACAACAUUAUCAGUAGAGCUGUUGAAGAAUCAAAUAAGUGCAUGACAACAGUGUAAAAUACUUUGUUGUACAGAGGACUCCAUACUUGAUGAAGUAGGCUUCCUUCCCUUAUUUUAAGCUAAAGCGACAUUUUAGUAGGAAAUAUCAUUGACCAGAAGGUCGUGACGUGUCAAUUAAGCCACACCUCUCUCAGCUCCACUCUAUAUCCACCUCCCCAUCUCCACUCCCUCCUUGUUUCUACAUUUCUCAAAGACCCCCUUCCUAUUUCCUCUAUCUAAGACCCCACCUCUCUCUCUCUCUCUCUCUCUCUCUCUCUCUCUCUCUCUCUCUCUCUCUCUCUCUCUCUCUCUCUCUCUCUCUCUCAUGGCUUAGUCAUAAUGUGCAUUAACAAUGAUUAUUGUUAUGACAUGUGUUAUGUUGUGUUACGCAGAUUUUCUAUAAAAUAAGAUGUUAUUUUUAUUGUACUAUACAUACAUACAUACAUACAUACAUACAUACAUACAUACAUAAAUACAUACAUUUAUUUUAAAAAUUUGAAAAUUUUACCAACUGUGGACAGAUACAUAAUAUAAAGGUACACAUAGCUUCGGAAGUAGUUUUCAUUUUUUUUAUAAAUUAUUAUUUAUUUAUUUAUUUAUUUAUUUAUUUAUUUAUUUAUUGCAUGGCAGUAAGAGAAGUACAUGAAGGUGAGGAGAUUAAUAAUGAAGGAAAGGCUGAGAAUCCCUCAUCUUUGUCAUUGUUACCGCCAACAGUGAUGCUGGCGGUUAUGUAAGUGUUAUGGAAGUGAUGGAAGAACAAACAAAUGUAUGCUAAAUAACAUGUUCUGUGUUAUGAGAGUUGGUGUGAACUAGUGUAAUAAGUUAGUAGUGUCUUAAGUUCCGGUGCUAUGAAGGUUAAGUAAAUGAGGGGAGUGUAAUCGUCAGCUGUGCCGCCUCACAAGAUCCUGUGAGGCUGGCGGUGAGAGACUAAAAUGAGGCAUGUAAAACACUAAGGAAACUAAGUUAAUUAGAAUAGAGAUUAAGGAAACUGAAUUCAUUAUAGUAGUUAAUUGCAGUAGUGAAGUUGUGUGAGAAGGACUAGCUGUGGAGAGCUUAACUGUAGUGAGGGUCGUGAUUACGUAGUAAAGUUGAUGACAUGGCGCGUAGGGUAGAUAAGACACAUGGGUCACCUAGGAACUAUUGCUGACCUAAGGGUAAGAUGGGCAGACGCAAGGCGCCGAUGACCAGCAUGGACGAAUCGACGAAGCCCGGAGGGGCAGAUUCCUUUGCACCGCCACCAAGUUAGGGUGUGACUACUUCAGGAAAGAUCGCACCACUACAAUACAGACGCAGGUGUUGCUUGGUGACAGGCCUCCUUAAGACCCCAAACACCUGAGCUCCACAUCUGUAUUACGAGGAGUUGAUUGCCCUAAUUAGCAUAAUCCAUGAUUAGUGAUGCAUUAUGUUGAUACAGUAUGUAAUGGUUUUGAUAGAGUAUGUAAUGGUUAGUAGUGCUAUGCACGUCUUACGUUUAUUAUGUAUGUCUUCAGAUUUGACCGAAUGCAAUAAACGAUUCGCGUCACCGUGUGGGUCUGUAAAUACAACCGUUUCUUUUCUCCGGUUUCUUUAGCUGUUUGUCUCUCCCUGUGCACCAUCCCUCGUCCCUGUCAUUAUCCUGCUUCCUGCAAAUACUACCCCAAAUACCCAGAGUUCAUCUUCCACCUUCUCCUCAGCAGCUCCAGGCUAUCACGUCCAUAAAACCCUAAUAUUUUAUUUUUUAUUUUUUCCUGCAACAGAUUCUCCUUUUAAUAUUCUUACAUACUGCAUACUUAAAAUGUUCCAAUUCUCUUUUACCUCUCAUUAUUUCCUUGUAUAGAAUUGUGUUCCUUAUUAGCAGCGUGCACAGCCUGUAAAUCUGCGUCUUAUUCUCGGUAAAUAAUAAUUGAGCCUCAUAUGGACAGAGAUAUGACCUGUCUUCACUCUCACCCCCCCUCCCCUCUUUUCUUAUCAAUCGCUUAAUGACAGUUGAUAAUGACAGGUUUGGGUCCCAUCUAUAACCAUUUGUUUGUAAAAUAUAUCAAACUUAAACUGGGUUUCCAGCUUAUGUAAUAGGCUAUCCACCACCCUGAGUCAUUUGCUGAGAAUUCUGACAGCGCCCCUUCAACAGGCUGUCGUCCUAGUGUAUGUGUUUAUUUAUUUAUUUUUAUUGGGUUUAAUACAGCACCCAUGGUAAGCUUCAGGUGUGUCAAGAGGGUUGCUGAAAAUAGACCACAGCCAUUUUCAAAGGCCAUAAAGAUGGUUGGUGCAGUUCACAGGUGUUUAUUGCCACACCAAUGUAGUAAUAUUGUUAAUCUGUCCGUACAACUAUAAAAACACCCUUAAAAACCUAUGUAACUUUAACUAGAGCCUUUUGUGGGCUGUGUGCUUCAGAAUACAGUGUGCAGUCUGCAGUCAGGUGAGACAACAAACCAUAUUUACCUCUUUCCUUUCACGUUGACAAUGCAAGGCUGAGGUUACCGUAUCGUGCACCGUUGGUUGACUUCGUACCUGCGAGAAGAUUAUUGUACGUACUUACUGACUUUUAUAAUGUAGGUGUGUUAUAUAAUAGUAUGUGGC